AUGCCCUCGAUAAACAUCCCGGCUACCGACCUGGUAGCGGACUCCAAUAUUUUUGGCGGCAAUGCCGCCGCCCGGACUAGACGCACACAGCCCAUUGUAUACUCGGGCAGCCUCGACCAGUACAAACAGGCCGACGUUACACCUGUGAUUGGCACGGAAUUCGAGGGCCUGCAGGUUCGAGACUUGCUCAAGGCUGAAGACCACGUUAUAAGAGACCUUGCCGUGACGAUAUCACGCAGGGGUGUCGUGUUCCUCAGGGAGCAAGAUGUCACACCAACAGAGAUGAAGGACUUUAUGCUGAGGUUGACGGACCUGGCAGGUUGCCCCGAAUCAUCAGGUCUGCACGUCCACCCCCUGACGGAGGAGGGCUCAGAGCUGGGCGACCAGAUCUCGGUCAUCUCGUCCGAGAAGCAAAAGAAGGGCGGCGGCCUGACCCACAUGCUCUCCGACGUGUCGCGCCUGGCAUCGGCCGCCUGGCACACCGACAUCUCGUUUGAGCCCGUGCCGUCCGACUACGCCAUGCUCAAGAUCCACACCCUGCCCCCGACCGGAGGCGACACCCUCUGGGCCUCGGGCUACGAGAUCUAUGACCGCCUCAGCCCUGCCAUGCAAAAGAUGCUCGAGGGCCUGACGGCCACCCACGACGCCACCUUCUUCCUCGACGAGGCCGAGAGGCUGGGCAACCCUCUGCGUGAGGGCAUCAGGGGCAGCCCCCUGAAUCAAGGCAAGGGCCUCAAGGCCGUGCACCCUGUCAUUAGGACUAAUCCCGUCACUGGGUGGAAGUCCGUCUAUGUCAACCGUGGUUUCACCAAGCGCAUCAACGGCGUGACCCGCGAUGAGUCCGACCUCCUCCUCCCUUACCUCUUCAACCUGGUCACGCAGAACCACGAUGCCCAGGUGCGCUUCAAGUGGCGCAAGAAUGACCUGGCCAUCUGGGACAACCGAAGCACGUGGCACUGCGCCACAUAUGAUUAUGACGACGCCCGUGCUGGAGACCGUGUCGCAUCGUUGGGCGAGGCGCCAUACUUGGACCUGACGAGUUCCGGCCGGAGGGAGGCGUUGUUGAGAGAGGAAACCGAGGGCAAGAGGGGAGAGAAGAGAAAGGCAGUGCCUUGA